UGCUCAGCCGCCCAGGAGUAAAGUUAACUUACAUUUUGAAAGACCUAGCUUGAACUGGUAAAGACUAACAAGUGGCUAAGACUAGCUCGAACUGUCACUUUCAGUUAUAAUCUUUUAAAGUAUAUAAAAAAAUGGAUUCCAAUGACGAACUGUACAGUAUUCGUGAAAAAUUAAUGGAAGCCUUAGGAGACAAGGCUAAAGUGUACUGUCAACACAUGAAAAUGUGGUUCCACAUGAAGUGGACCAAAGAACAAUUUGACGCUGAAGUAAGAAAAAUAUUGGACCCUAAACAGGCACAUUUGCACAAUCAAUUUCUACUUCACAUUUACAUCAAGUGUUCUAAGCCAGAUUUGCCUCCCCAUUCAAGGAAUGACGGCCGCUCAAAGUCCAAACGGAGAGGUCGACAAUCUAGUUAUGGAUUUGAACAAACGAACGUGCAAGAGUUUGCUCCGACCCGCAUCACCCAAAGGCCUCCAGAUGAUCCUCCACGCUACUGUGGUCAGGAACUACUCCUGCCAGACCAAGAACUGAUCUAUAUGCGGCUCACUCUAUCAGCUUGGGAACUAGGUCUCAAAGGAGCCGAGAGGGGAGCGGCUGAAAUGCUGGUGGCUGCAGUCAGGGUUUUUCUGAAAAAUAUUGUUACAACCGUAGUGAGCCGCAGAAACGGAUUUCGAAUGAGAGUUGAUGGGAUACAGCACAGCGUCGGGGUCCCAGUGCCAAAUCCCUGGCUCAAAAAUACGUCUGGUAUUGUCGGCUCCAGGGAGGAUGAAACUAAGAUGGAAAUACUGGACACCGGAGAGAAUGCUCCUGCUGCUCGGCCCUCUACCACCGAGCUCCAGCAGGACGUGGCCCUCACCUACUCUGCCAGCACCAACCCUGCCAAGAAACGUCCCAUCACCGCAAUGGAAUGUUAUGAGGCUCUACAGAUUUACCGCAAUAGUGUAUCUUCACAUGGAGUAUACUCAAUCAACAUGGAGAGGCUAACAGCUCAGAUGUCACACCCCGGCUGGGAUGACGUGGAGAACAACUUAUCCAAGUGAAGUGCUAUUUAUGGAAGUCCACUUUGACUUUGACUUUUUUUUCUUUUUUUUUCAUACAUGCAAACCAAAGAAAUGUCUAGACUUAUGUACUGUAUGUAAUACAUGAUUUAUAAUGUUUCA